ACCCGCCAAGCUUUAUAUUCCUCCCUCCCUCUUCCCGCUCACCGAGGGAGAGAGGGAGAACAAGAAAAUGGGCGAUCUGACGGAUUGGGACGAGGAAGGAUACAGAGAAGCCAUCCUGCGCGAGAGGCAAGCCUUAACCCUGACGCUCUUCCGCUCAAUCUUCCCUCCGUCCAGGCUCUCUUCCGAUCCAGACGUCCUCGUCGCCGCCUCUAGCGAUGGUUCCCUCGCCACCUACUCCGUCGCUUCCGCUAUCUCCGGACACUCGAUGCAUUCCAACGUGACCGAUUAUCGGCUUGACGAAUUCAUAGUCUCAGAGCCACAGUCAUUCAUCAAGGCCCAUAACGGACCCGUGUACGAUGUCAAAUUCUUCGGCGAUAACGAGGAUUCGUUGUUGCUGAGUUGUGGAGAUGAUGGACACAUAAGAGGGUGGAAGUGGAAGAAAAUUCUAAAUGUUGAGGCUCCUUUGUCUAUGAAAGGGCACCAUUUGAGCCCUUCAUUUGAUUUGGUGAGCCCUCAACACAGAGGGCCCUGGAAUGCACUUUCACCAAUUCCAGAAGUCAAUUCUGUUGCUACUGAUAUACAAGGUGGGCGCCUUUUUGCAGCAGCUGGUGAUUCAUGUGCCUAUUGUUGGGACGUGGAAACAGGUACAAGAACAAUGACUUUUACUGGUCAUAAAGAUUAUUUGCAUUGUGUCAUUUUCCGGAACACAACUAAUCAGAUCAUAACUGGUUCUGAAGAUGGGACAGCGAAGCUAUGGGACUGUAGAAGUGGUAAAUGUGCACAAACCAUAGAUCCAUCGACAAGCUUGCUCACACAGAAGGGAACUAAGAGAGAUUUCUCAUGGAUUAGCUGCAUAGCUAUUGAUAGUAGUGAAAACUGGUUGGUUUGUGGAGGUGGUGACUGUUUAUCCCUUUGGAGCCUUCCAUCUUCUGAAUGUAUUUUAAGAUUUGAAACACAUUUCCCAAUUCAAGAUGCAAUAUUUGAUAAUAAUCAGGUUUUGGCAGUUGGGGCCAGUCCUUUGUUAACUCGUUACAACAUUGAUGGGAAGAUUCUCUCACAGAUACAAUGUGCUCCUCAAUCAGCAUUUUCUGUUUCAUUGCAUCCUUCGGGUAUUGUGGCUGUUGGAGGCUAUGGAGGAUUAGUGGAUAUCAUUUCAGAGUUUGGGAGUCAUUUAUGUGCUUUUCGCUGCCAGGUUAUCUAAUUUUGCUUUCUUCAAUUAGCUAUACGCUAGCUUUUCAAGGGCAAAAGCAUCAUAGGUGACAAUCCAUCUGCAGUAAGCACUGGUUCUUCUUAGGAGAGAGAGCACUAAUGCUAGUUCCAACUGUUGGGAAGAAAUUGUAUGAUAUAAGUAUGGUGUCAGAGUCGUGGUUUCCUUUCUGAUCUAGUGUACCUCAUGAAAGUGACUCGGCAGGCCAUAAAAGCAUAUAUCCAAUGAAAGGGGUGGUGCAGAAGACAACUGUGAGAAGGUAUGAGAGAGAAACCAGGCUUCUGUUACAGGACUUGAAUGAGUAGGGAUAUCAAAUUCCGGCUAGCGCAGUUAGAACACUGUUUUCGUGUUCCAUUCAGUCUGGAAAGCAAGUAUUAUGCCUUCUUGGUUGCUGAUUGUGCACGUUGGGUUGGCGACGGGGUUCCAUACCAUACAUCCAAUAAUUUAUUGUUUAAAUUGCAAACGGUUUUAACAUAUUCU